CCGGUCGCAUGCCAUUUUCACAAUCACAGUGGAGCAGAUGCGUAAACUUCAUCCUAGUAUUUCAAGUAAUGGCAAUCUAACUGACUAUAUGUCUGAGGAGUAUCUAAGUGCCAAGUUGCAUUUGGUGGAUCUUGCUGGCUCAGAACGUGCCAAGAGAACAGGCUCAGAUGGUCUACGUUUUAAGGAAGGAGUUCACAUUAACAAAGGUCUCCUCGCACUCGGUAACGUUAUAAGCGCACUUGGUGACGAGAAAAAGCGGAAAGAAGGCGUUCAUGUGCCUUAUCGGGAUAGUAAACUUACUCGGCUGCUUCAGGAUUCUCUUGGUGGGAACAGCAAAACAGUGAUGAUAGCAUGUAUUAGUCCGGCUGAUAUAAAUGCUGAAGAAACUCUCAACACUCUGAAAUAUGCCAAUCGUGCUCGUAAUAUCCAAAACAAACCUGUUAUUAAUAGAGAUCCAAUAUCCACUGAGAUGCUAAAGAUGCGUCAACAGUUGGAAUAUCUACAGGCUGAACUUUGUGCCCGUGGUGGAGGAGUUUCAUUUGAUGAAAUACAGGUUCUUAAAAGUAGAAUUGCUUGGCUUGAGGCUACUAAUGAGGAGUUGUCUCGGGAACUCCAUAAGUUUCGUAAUGUAAAUGGUUGCAUGAAGCAGCACGAAGCCGAAAUUAAAGCUUAUGAAAGUGGCGCAAUUAAUAGUGAAGGUCUCAAAAGAGAGUUGCAAACUAUGGACUCAUCUGAUUAUCAAAUGAGUGAAGGCAGCAUAACCAGUGAUUCUGGUGACAUUGAUGAAGAUACAGUAAAAGAGUUGGAGCAUACGUACUUGCAGAACAGUAUGGAUAAAGAAAUGAGCGAGUUAAAUCGACAGUUGGAGCAGAAAGAGUCGCAGAUGAAGCUUUUUGGAGUAAAUGACACCACAGCUUUAAAGCAACACUUUGGAAAGAAGCUUAUGGAACUUGAGGAGGAAAAAAGAACAGUGCAGCGGGAAAGGGAUCGACUGUUGGCAGAGGUUGAAAACCUUUCAGCUAAUUCUGAUGGACAGGCACAAAAAUUGCAGGACACGCAUGCUCAGAAACUAAAAAUGCUUGAGGCCCAGAUACAAGAUCUUAAAAAGAAACAAGAGAAUCAGGUUCAACUUCUAAAACAGAAACAGAAGAGUGAUGAAGCUGCUAGAAAACUGCAAGAGGAAAUACAAUGUAUUAAGGCACAAAAGGUUCAGCUGCACCAAAAAAUAAAGCAAGAAGCUGAACAAUUUCGACAGUGGAAAGCAUCUCGAGAAAAGGAAUUACUGCAGUUAAGGAAAGAAGGGAGAAGGAAUGAGUAUGAAAGACAUAAAUUGCAAGCAUUGAAUCAACGUCAGAAAAUGGUUCUCCAGAGAAAAACGGAGGAAGCCGCAUUAGUUACCAAGAGGUUGAAAGAACUUCUAGAAGCACGGAAAUCUUCAACUCGUGAAAAUUCAAUCAACAGCAAUGGAAAUGGUUCAAAUGGGCAGGGCAAUGAAAAAUCAUUGCAACGUUGGCUUGAUCAUGAGCUUGAAGUUAUGGUGAACGUUCAUGAAGUUCGUUUUGAGUAUGAGAAACAGAAUCAAGUACGAGCAGCACUUGCUGAAGAAUUGGCUGUUUUAAGACAAGUUGAUGAAUUUGCUUCAAAGGGUGUUAGCCCUCCAAGAGGCAAAAAUGGUGUUACCAGGGCAUCUUCAAUGUCCCCAAGUGCAAGAAUGUCAAGAAUCUCAUCUCUUGAGAGUAUGUUGGGCAUCUCAUCGAGUUCACUAGUUGCAAUGGCCUCACAGCUUUCGGAGGCCGAGGAACGUGAGCGUGGCAUUAGUAGCCGUGGACGUUGGAACCAGCUUCGUUCUAUGGGGGAUGCUAAGGCCCUACUUCAGUAUAUGUUCAAUUAUCUUGGUGAUGCAAGGUGCGAAUUGUGGGAAAAAGAAAUGGAAAUCAAGGAAAUGAAAGAACAGAUGAAGGAAGUUGUUGGCUUAUUGCGUCAAAGUGAACUCAGGCGAAAAGAAGCAGAAAAGGAACUAAAAUAUAGAGAUAAAGCUGCUCCUCCUAUUGCACCAGCAACACCACCUCCUGUCAACCCUCACAAGCACAAUGCCGAUGACACAAGCGAUCCUUUGUCUCCAAUUCCGGUUCCAGCACAGAAACAACUUAAAUAUACGGCAGGAAUUGCCAAUGUGUCUGUGAGAGAUUCGGCUGCAUUCAUGGAUCAAACGCGAAAGAUGGUACCCAUUGGGCAGCUGUCGAUGAAGAAAUUAACGGUAGCUGGGCAUGGCGGGAAACUAUGGAGAUGGAAAAGGAGUCAUCAUCAGUGGCUAUUACAGUUCAAAUGGAAGUGGCAAAAGCCUUGGAGACUUUCUGAGUUGAUUAAGCACAGUGAUGAAACCAUCAUGAGAGCUAAGCAUCGUCCACAAGCUCUUCCUGAUGUUAUGUAUAGAAAGGGUCGCUAG